AUGCCAGUCGAUACAGAAAUCAUUAGGAUGUUCUUCAAAGCAAAGAGAGCAUCUUAUCUGCCUUAUACUACAGCAGACAACGAGAUAUUAAGUCCAGAAGAAGGCUACCUUUAUUCUAACAUCAAGCUUCAUAAUAACUACUACUAUGAAGAAUGGCUAGAGGAAGAAUUCUUUGAACACGAUCGUGACGAGCAACAAGCACUCAAACACGCUGCUCAAAGAUUCCAGCCACGCGUUCCAGAGUUCCCACCAGGACAAGCCCCACCACCUCCUGCCCCAAGCUCACUACCAAAACAAGACCAUGAAGAGCUCAACAAUGCAGCGCAUAUAAAUGAGAUAGAAAACAAAGCCAUAUCUGCAGCCACGGGACAAGACGUAAGGACGAAAAUGACCAGAAGGAGCCACCACAGUAUAUGCAUCAACAAGGUCGUCCUUCGCGUCUUCAAAAGCUAG